AUGCUUGAACAGCGUGUAGCAGCUUGGCUCGACUCCCUCCCCGAUGAAUACGUCCCAUCCGAAUCCCUCUCCAAGACCCCCAAGCGAAAGGCAGCGCUGCCUAGUCCGCCUACUUCAGAUUCAAUGGAGGGAACAACUCCAAAGCGCCGUCGCCUCAUCGAUCCAGAUCGUACACCGCGCGCUGCAAACCUCCCUCCCCCUUCGUCAGCCGGUUCGUCCGCUUCGUGGUCUGAAUCAGGGGAGGGGUCGCGGUCGAGUUCGCCAAAGAAACAAAUGCUCAGGCUGAGGCUGGAGGAAAGAGGGCUUGAAUGCAGACAAUUAAAUGUCGACACCGCGCCCCCGGUCAUCUCCAGUCUUCUUGAUACAGUUCAGGAAAUCGGGAGUAGGAUUGAGAUAUUGCCUGUUGACAAGAAGAGUGCUAUUCUGGAGAGCCCAUUUGUGAGGGAACAGAAUACGCGCUUGUGGAGGUUUGCAUUCAAAGAGGGCGACGAUACGUUACCAGGACGAGUUCCUCUCCCAGGGGAAAUAGCUCAGAUCUGCGAUUUGGCGCGUUACUGUCAUGAUACAAAUCAUGAAGAGGCGGCUUGGAAUAUGGAGGUGCAUCAUCGUCUUCUCCAAGCUAUCCUGAGACAACCUGACGCUUCAACCGCCGAGUCUCUCAACUUCACUUCCUGCACCACCGCUCGUCCACAUCGUCGCUUCGUGCCCUACUCCUCGACUGCCAAAAUGGUUGACUUCUGCCUCUACCUCAAUCCCUCCGAUUCCCCCGCCCUCCAAGCCCUCGGCCGUCGAACACCAACCCUGACCGUAAACCACACCGACUUCGCGCCGCUGCAACUAUCCCCCAUAGUUCUGAGCAUCGAGACUAAGCGUCCCGGCAAAGAACUCGACGCCGCGCAGCUCCAAAUGGGAGUCUGGCAUGCCGCGCAGUGGGCUUUCCUCCGCUCCGUUAUUGGCCUUACAUCACAGCCCCUGACAGCAGAGGAGGAAAUACUGCGCAACCAAAAGGCGAACGAGGUUUUGGGGGAACUGGGGUUUAUACCGGGGAUCAUCGUGCAGGGCCAUCGCUGGCUGUUUGUGUUUUCGACGUUGGAGGGCGACAAGACUGUUCUUUGGACGGAGAGACAGUUUGGCACGACGCAGAGUAUUCUUGAUACGUAUGCUGUUGUCGCGGGGAUACGGGAGUUGGCUAGAUGGGCGAGAGAUGUCUACGUUCCUUGGUUUAGGGCGAAUGUUCUCGAUGGGUUCCAGCCCACCGAGGUUGGAUGA